AUGCAGCAGUACACAAGCAAAGAGGCACAGACUUUCUUUCACAUUUGCUCCAGCUCAGUGAUCUUGUUUUCUUUUGCUAGCUAUGCCACUAAUACAGUAAGUGACCUUGAAAGGUCCAAACUUGUAGUGGCCUUUCAAGCUCCUUGGAAUAUUUCCCAUCCUCUUAGUGGCCAAAGGUUAAAUGCAGCCCUCCAGAUUGCCAUUGACAAAGUCAAUGGGGAUCCAUCUUACAUAGGAAACCACAGUUUGGAGUUUGUUUAUUCUGAUUGUGGCUGUGAGGCCAAAAAAUCCCUUCAAUCCUUCAUUAGUCAGUACCAAAAGGAACACGUCUCUGCUUUGUUUGGACCUGUUUGCUCCGAAGCAGCUGAGGUUACUGGUUUGCUAGCUUCUCAAUGGAACAUCCCCAUGUUUGGGUUUGUUGGUUACACUGCUAAGCUGGACAACUCAUUUCUUUAUGACACUUAUAUCAAUCUUGUUUCCCCGCUGCAGAGGGUGGGGGAAGUACUCUGUAAAACUCUGCAGUAUUUUGGAUGGAGAUACGUGGGUCUUCUUGGAAGCUCAAGUGAUGUUUUCACUUGGGCUGAAACAGAAGAACUGUGGGAAUCUGUAGAAAACCAACUCAAAAUCAAUUUUACCAUCACUGCUAAGGUGAGAUACAAUACAAAAGAUCAAAGACUCCAUGAGAAAAAACUCAGCUAUAUAUCAUCUGCUGCUAGAAUUAUCGUGUUAAUCUGCAGCUCUUUGGAUGCAAGGUCUAUUUUGCUGCAGGCCAAAGAACUGGGUAUGGCCAGUGGACCUUAUGUAUUCUUUGUACUACAGCAAUUUGAGGAUAACUUUUUGAAAGAAAUAUGGAAUAACAAGAACACCAGCAAUGUCCUAGAUGCCUAUCAGCCUGUAUUUUUGAUAGCCCUGAGUUCUUAUAGAGAAUACAAUACCUUUUCUAAUUUUAUAAUGGAUAUCCAUGAAAAACUGAAGAAGAAUACAUCUCACAGUUUUCUUUCUUCACAAGAUGAGGUCUCAUUUAUGACUGUUCUAGAAGUAAGUUCCUAUGCUGCCUACUUGCAUGAUGCAGUUCUGCUUUAUGCCUUAUCCAUAAGGGAAAUGCUAAGAGAGAAGAAAGAUUUCCAUGAUGGGAGAGCACUUAUCAACACUUUGAAGGGGUACAAUAAAACCCUCAAGUACGGCAUUACUGGCCCAAUACACAUUGAUGAAUCAGGUGAGAGGAACAUGGACUACUCUGUUUAUGAUCUUCAAAAAUCUGGAAAUUCAACACGCUUUAUUCCUGUGCUUAACUUUGACAGUGACAGAAAAGCAAUCAGCCCAACCAUGGAAAUUGACUACAUCAGUUGGUCAGGUGGAGAAAUACCUAAAGACAGACCACUGUGUGGGUUUCACAAUGAACACUGUAAAACUCCAGUUACCAAAGGCAUGGCCCUUAUAGUGAUGGUAAUUCUCCUGAUAAUAGCAAUAUCAGGGGCCAUUGGUGUGGCAACAUUCAUGAAGAUCCAUAAAGGAAGUCUGCAAAAGCAAAUCAAUGACAUGUGGUGGAAAAUUAACUAUGAGGAUAUCACCAUUUUUAAUGAUAAUAAGGAAAAAUUCAAUUUGUCUCAAGCAAAUACGCCUGAACCCACAGAAAAGGAAAACUUUGGUUCCCAUUUGUUGAAGUCUAGCAAUAACUAUUCUGGUUUGAAAGACAAGCAGGGGAAAGAAGUAUUUUAUACCACAGUAGGGCUUUAUCAGGGAAUCCUUGUUGCUCUCAAAUUUGUUGAUAAUCAUACAGAUACAUGGAUCUGCAAACCAUCAAUUCUUUGUGAAGUUCAGAUGAUGAGAGAAUUGAGACACGAGAAUCUAAUAAUCUUCUAUGGGAUAUACCCCCAAGCUCCAAGCAGUUGUAUUGUAACACACUACUGCAAGAAGGGAAGCAUAAAGGAUGUUCUGAUGCAUUCUGAUAUUGAAUUGGACUGGAUAUUCAAAAUCUCCUUUGCUUAUGACAUAGUCAAUGGUAUGUUGUUCAUCCACAAUAGUCCCCUGAAUUCUCAUGGCAACUUAAAACCUACCAACUGCUUAGUGGAUAGUCGCAUGCAGGUGAAGCUGAGUGGAUUUGGACUAUGGGAAUUUAAGUAUGGAAAGAAAACCAGGGUAAUAACAGAGGACACCAACUAUGAAGGUAAAGAGUUCCACAAAACACUGCCUAAUUUACUAAGGUUGGGUGAAUAUCCAUUACAAGGCACUAAGAAGGGGGAUGUUUACAGCUUUGCUAUUAUUAUGAGGGAAAUAAUAUACAAUCAUGAAGAUGGUCCAUUUGAAGAACUGAAGCAAACUGCUGAAGGCAAUGGGCAUUAUAAAGUUCCUCCAAGAGGGGAGAGAGCAGCCAGUAAUUCUCCGGGCAGUAGUAAUCACCCUUUGGAAACUCAAACAGUUUCAUAUCAGGCUUAA